UUGAAAUGUCCACGUCAAAGCACCGGGAGGGGGAGCGUUGGGAGCGUUGCAAAAGCGGCUGAUUUUGUUCUCUGUAAAAAAGCGAGGGAAAUAUGUAUAUAAAUACCCUUUCCUUCCUCCUCAAGCUCCCCCCAUUUUCUAAAAGGGAAAUAAGAAGCUGAUUCAUCCUCUCUCGGAUACCCUGUUUCUUCUCUCUAACGUCUCUGUAGUAAUGGGGAAUUGUUUCGCUCAGUCGAAGAAAUCCACGGCGGAGAUCGCGCCCUAUGAUAGCAUCAGGCGUUUUAAGCCGGUUCCGGUGGUACCGACGGUCCGGUUGUACGGUUCUGCUUCGAGCACACUCGCUGCCUAUAUCCGGUUCGCUUUGCUUCACAAGAACUUGCCUCUGCAGUUCGUUCCCACCGACAAACCACCCUGUGAUGGCGAACCGUUGCUACUCGAGAUCGGGUCAGAGACAGUGUCGGGUUACCGGGAGACGCUGCUCCAGUUCAUUGAGGACAAGUUCCCGCACCCUCCGCUGGGGUUUAAAAUGGUGGAUACGACGCCGUUGAUGGUGCAGGUGACGUGGCUACAGCAUAGGAGCAUUACGUGGCACUUGGAGAGGAUGGUGAGGUGGGCGGAGGAUCUGUCGACACGUGGGGGGAGGAGGACGGUUGAUCCGGCGGUGGGGAGCCCGAGGAUGGAGCUGAGGAAGUUCGGGAAGAAUUACUCUCAGCUGCUGGAGUUGAUGGUGGAGCAUGCUCAGAUGGAGGAGAGAGUCGUCUUUCCCGUGCUCGAAAUGGCUGAUCGAGGGCUAUGUAAAGCUGCAAAUGAGGAACAUGCAAGGGACCUGCCAGUUAUGAAUGGCAUCAAAGAAGACAUCAAAUCCAUAGGAGUUAUGGACUAUGGGACCCCUGCUUACCAUGAAGGGCUCUCCAAUCUUUCUACCCGGCUCAAGUCAUUGCAGAAGCAUUGUAAAGAACACUUCGAUGAGGAGGAGAAAGAUUUACUGCCAUUGAUAGAGGCAACAGAGCUGAGUGAAGAACAGCAAACAAGGGUAUUUGAACAGUGCUUUGAUGCGAUGAAGGCAACUCACUCACAUUUGUUAAACUUUUUCCUCGAAGGCCUACUCCCCUUGGAAGCUAUGGAGUACGUCAACUUGAUCAAUAAAUGCAGUGACAAAGAACGAACAGCCUCUAUGAUUCAGAUGAUUGCCAAGUAAAGCGUGUGAUGUUGGUUGUGAUGAGUAAAUAAGCAUGUCAAAUACAUAGAUUGUUUGAAUACAGAAAAUUGAAUGAUUUGUUUAACUCUUUUUCUUAAGCUACGACAAAUGGGUUAAACUUGCUCAUAAGCUUGGCUCAGCUGUGUAGUCUGUUGGUAUCAUAUUGUACAUAUUGGAGAUGCUUAGAUGGUAAAAAAAAAAAAGAAAAGAAAAGAAAAAGGAACAAAAUAGAGAUAUUGAGGGAUUUAAGACAUGGUUGGCUCACCUUGGCAUUAGAUUGUAUGGGGAAACAUUGGCAAGACUUGAUUUUGAAGAUGAUGUUAAUAUGAUAUGUAGGAUUUUCUUAUAAGAAUUGUC